AAACGGCAAAACGAAACAGCACCCCCGGUCUCGCAUUUCUUCUUCUUCUUCUUCUUCUUCUUCUUCUGUCAGUUGCGGUGCCGCUCUUCCGGCCCGAGUCCCCGGAAAAUCACCGGCUCCGGCCCCGGCGCGCCGAAAACGAAGCAGAAGCGAGCCCGGAAAGCUCACCGGAGCGUACGAGUGGCGGCUGCCGCCGUUCGAAUUCGCUGUGCGACGCGCGAUUAAUCGCUCGAGCGCCGAACUCAGUAGUGCCGCGAUGUAGUUCCCAUAUCAUACUUUUCGCCACUUGGGGAGAUGCUUAGCAUGGCUCUUUUCACAUUUUUAAUGAUAUGAGUAGGCACGGAGAGCCUAUGGAAGCGAUUCGCCGCCACUGCUUUCUACUUUAGGUUAUGAGUUAGAUACAAUGGAGGUUGAAUCGGUUGAUAAAAAUGGGGUCCCCAGGGGACACCGCGUCCCUCGAAAUGUUGUGCAUGAUCAGGGUGAUGUGAGUGCCAGCGACACUUGUUCAGACCGGGAGACAACUACUUCAGGCUAUGACAUAAGGGCGAAACCAUGUGUUGGAAUGCAGUUCGAAUCAGAAGAAGCUGCAAGAAGCUUCUAUGACACAUAUGCUAGACACGUCGGUUUCAGCACCCAAGUUGGUCAGUUUAGCCGUUGUAGGCCUGAUGGGCCGAUUGUAAGUUGGGAUUUUGCGUGUUCCAGAGAGGUUUUGAAAAGGAAAAAUAUAGAAAGCUGCAAUGCAAUGCUCAGAAUUGAGAGGAAAGACUCAGACAAUUGGGUUGUGUCAAAGUUUGUGGAGGAGCAUAACCAUUCAGCAGCAACUCCUAGUAAAGUGCAUCAUCUCCGACCAAGUAGGCAUUUUGCUAGUGCUACAAAGAAUGUGAGUGAACCUCUAGAUGCUAUUAGUGAUGCUCAUGCUUCUUUGGAUGGGAACCAUAUCUCUAUUGAGCCAAAUAGAGGAGGGAGGAAUAUCUCCCCUGUCGAAUCAAAUCACCUGGCAAGAAACAUUGGUUCCAUCAACUACAUGAGACCCAGUACUCGGAAGAGAAAUCUAGGACGAGAUGCCCAAAACCUUCUGGACUAUUUUAAUAAAAUGCAAGCGGAAAACCCAGGUUUUUAUUAUGCAAUCCAGCUUGAUGAUGAUAACCGCAUGACUAAUGUCUUUUGGGCUGACGCAAGAUCAAGGGCAGCAUAUACCUACUUUGGAGAUGCUGUAGUUUUUGACACCAUGUAUAGACCAAAUCAGUACCAAGUUCCCUUCGCUCCUUUCACUGGUGUAAAUAAUCAUGGUCAGAUGAUAUUGUUUGGUUGUGCAUUACUUCUAGAUGAGUCCGAGUCAUCCUUUGCAUGGCUCUUUAGGACAUGGCUAUCUGCAAUGAACGAUAGACCCCCUGUUUCUAUAACUACUGACCAGGAUAGAGCCAUACAAGCUGCAGUGGCUCAAGUACUUCCUCAAACUCGUCACUGUAUCUGCAAGUGGCACAUAUUAAGGGAGGGCCAGGAAAGAUUGGCUCACAUCUACCUUGCUCAUCCUUCUUUUUACGGGGAUUUGUACAGUUGCAUUAACUUCGCUGAAACUAUUGAGGAUUUUGAAGCAUCAUGGGUCGCUCUUCUUGACAGGUAUGGUCUCCAAAAAAACGAGUGGCUUCAAGCAGUAUAUAACGCUAGGAAGCAAUGGGCUCCGGUUUAUUUUCGUGACACUUUCUUCGCUGCAAUCUCAUCAAACCAAGGGGUGAGCUCAUUCUUUGAUGGAUAUGUGAACCAACAAACAACAGUCCCCUUGUUUUUUAAGCAGUAUGAAAGGGCUCUGGAAAGUUCACUAGAGAAGGAAAUAGAAGCAGAUUAUGAUACCAUGGGCACCACACCAGUCCUGAAAACUCCAUCACCUAUGGAACAACAGGCAGCAAACCUUUACUCAAAGAAAAUCUUUGCCAAGUUCCAGGAGGAACUAGUUGAAACUUUUGUGUAUACUGCAAAUAAGAUUGAGGAUGAUGGAGUAAUCAAUAAAUACAGGGUUGCUAAAUAUGAACAUGACGACAAGGCAUUCAUAGUUACUCUGAAUGUAUCUGGGAUGAAAGCAAGCUGCAGCUGUCGAAUGUUUGAGUACUCAGGAGUGCUCUGCAGACAUAUAUUGACUGUCUUCACUGUGACAAAUGUACUUACCCUUCCUUCUCAUUACAUAUUAAAGCGAUGGACCAGCAAUGCAAAAUCUCUGUUGGGAUCUGAAGAACAGAAUUCUGAUCCUCAUGGUAUUGAAACUCUUACGUCUCGCUUCAACAGUCUAUGUCGGGAAGCCAUCCAGUAUGCCGAGGAAGGAGCAAUUGCCGUGGAAACAUAUAACGCUGCAAUGAGUGCUCUAAAAGAGGGUAUUAGAAAGAUAGCUUCCGUGAAGAAAGGCAUCCCUAAAGUGGCUCUGCCAAGUUCACAGAGCAGUGGAAGUAAUGAGGACAGUAGCAAGAAAACCUCAUCAUCUGUCCCCGAGAUGUUCCCAGCAUUGUGGCCUUGGCAAGGUGCCUAUCCUCCUCGUUUUAACCUUAACAACAAUGGAGUUCCUGUGGCUGAUUUAACUCAGCCCAGCCUCGCCCCUGUGUCAAUUCAACAUGACAAUGGCACACUUGACGACACAGUUGUUCGAACUUGUUUUAAGUCCAUGACUUGGGUAAUUGAGAGUAGUACUGCAGCUUUGGCUGGUAAAAUCGCUGUAGUUAAUUUGAAGCUGCAAGACUAUGGAAAGAUUCCUUGUGGAGAGACAGAGGUGCAGUUCAGGUUGACAAGAGUCACGUUAGAGCCCAUGUUGAGGUCCAUGGCCUACAUCAGCCAACAGCUCUCAUCCCCAACCGAUAAGGUUGCUGUCAUCAAUUUGAAGCUUCAAGAUACGAAGACAUCCACUGGAGAAACAGAGGUGAAAUUUCAGGUUUCAAGGGACACUCUAGGCUCAAUGCUCAGAUCCAUGGCUUACAUCCGUGAACAGCUCUGAAAGCCCACCCAGCAUACCAUUUGCCAGUUGAGCUUUACUGUUUGCUCCAAUUUACCUGGAGAGCUGGGAUCUGCAGAGUUGCUUCAGGGAUGGAGGCAUUACAGAGGUCCGUAGUCAGAAAUAUAUUGUAUAAUGUAGCAAGUCUGGUAAAGCAAUAGCUAGGAUUGAUCUUCAUUAAAGAUGGCACAACAUUCGCCACAUUGGGUGGAUAUAGUUAGGUAUUUGUGCCUUUUUUAGGUCCUUAGUGUUAGAUAGUGCAUUGAUUAUUUUAGAGCAACCAAGAGUAGGUAGCAACUGUAAAUGUGAGUUGUGUGAAUACUAUGGUUCUAAUGAAUAAGGGAGAGGAUUGGACAUGUAUAACCCUCGCUUGGGUUCUUCUUUUGAUGCAA